AUGCAGCAUCUCCUUGCACUAGUAGCCCUCUUUAUUCUAUCCACGAAAGCCCAGGCGCACGCCUCACCCGUCGUUGAACUCGACAAUGGCACAUUUACGGGCCUAUCCACGCAGAACGGCACGUCAGCCUUUUUAGGCAUACCCUAUGCACUUACUCCCAUCGGUGAUCUUCGCAUGCGACCUCCCGCUCCCAAUGGGCCGUAUUUAGGAUCAUACAACGCGACGGCAUUUGGCGCACCAUGCAUCUUCCAGAACAUCACAAACGUCUCUCCUGAGUCCAUAGCUCCCAGUGCAACGAGUGCCUGGAACACCUAUGUAGGGUUCUACGACCCGAUACUUCAGUCGAUCGAGGGUAGUGAGGACUGUUUGACCGUCAAUGUCUGGGCUCCCGAAAACGCUACCACCAACUCAAAGUUGCCUGUUCUCUUCUUCCUUUAUGGCGGCGGCUUUGAAGUCGGAUUCAGCAUUGCGUACGACGGCAAUGUCAUUGCCGCGCGAUCCAUCGAGCUCGGGGAGCCUGUGGUAGCUGUCUCCAUUAACUAUCGCGUCUCCGCCCUUGGAUUCCCCGCUGGUAAAGAGGCUCGUGAAGCGGGCGUAGGUAACUUGGGACUCCGCGAUCAACGUCUCGGUUUGCGCUGGGUUCAGCAGUACAUCGGCGCGUUUGGUGGUGAUCCCACCAAGGUCAUGUUAUGGGGCGGAAGCGCUGGCGCCAUCUCAACAGGUUUACAGAUGCUCACGAAUGGAGGAGAUACAGAGGGACUCUUCCGUACGGCGUUCAUGUCAUCAGGCGGUGCUCUCCCUACAGGUACCGUCGAAAAUGUGCAAGAUCGCUGGGACAACUUUGUGACCAUUGCUGGCUGCGGCUCCUUCCUCGGUGGCAGCAGCGUCUUUGACUGCUUGCGCAACGCCUCGCUCGAGGCUAUACUGGCCGGACAGGACGCGAGUGGCAGUGUCUUCGGGUACUAUGGUACUGAUGUGGCGUGGCUACCGUCGGCCGACGGGGACUUCUUGCUCGCUCCUCCGCAGGAGCUCGUUAGAAGUGGUAGCGUCGCUGACAUCCCAUUCGUCACAGGUGAUUGCGACGAUGAGGGGACUUUAUUCUCUCUGGGCAACAGCAAUAUUAGCACGUCCGAGGAGCUCGAGACCUACUUCAGCGAUCUCAUCUUCCCGACAGCGAGCAAAUCGGACAUUGAUGAGCUUCUCGCCGCAUACCCCGACGAUCCCGCGUUAGGCUCUCCAUUCGACACAGGCUUGAACAAUACUAUCACCCCAGAGUUCAAGCGCAUCUCUGCCAUCAUGGGUGACGUGGUCUUUCAAGCGCCUCGGCGGCUACUCUUGCAACAGCGCGCAGGCAAACAGCCUGCGUACUCGUAUCUGUGGAAAGGCGGGAAGGAGACGCCUGUCAUUGGUGCUCAACACACGAAUGAUAUGACAUCCAUCUACGCAGGUGGCGAGAUCCUGGACUACUUAAUCCACUUCGCAGUCACUCUCGAUCCGGGAUCAGGUGGCGGCGGGCUCCUAGAGUGGCCGCUCUAUACGCUCGAGUCGAAGGAGCUGAUGACCUUCCUCGAUGGUGAGGUGCCGCUUGCUAUCACGAAGGACGACUAUCGCGAGGAGGCUAUGGAGGUUGUACUCCGGUUCAACGCGAAGAACCCGCUAUGA